CCCCGACCGGCCUACUUGGAUUGCGUGUGGCCUGAUGCUGACGCCCGGAAGACUAUCUACCCGCAACAAAGAAGAAGAAAUUGACCGCUUUCUAAUGAGAAUCGACUGGACAAGAAACCAACCCAGCACAGGAAUAUAUUGCGACAAGACAUUAUCCAGGAAUGACCCGUCUGUUAAGUGUGACCUAGCCAUAACACGUUCGAUAGUUACUAUCCUUUUCUGCCCUCUCGCCGAUCUCGCCAACCGCAGACGCUUGCUCUAUCGUUAUCGCACAAUUCUUCUCAAGAGAUAAUCAUCAGAUGCAAUGAGUCUCCUAUCAACACCCGAGUUUCACUCCCCUGCCGCUUUUUAUGGCACUAUCGGGCUCGUCGGUAUAGUCGCGUAUCUGGUUUCUCUGGCUAUAUACCGUCUGUACUUCAGCCCGCUCGCCAAGUUCCCAGGGCCGAGGCUGGCAGCGUUGACGCAAUGGUACGAAACCUACUAUGAGCUCUUCAGCGGAGAUGGUGGCCAGUUCAUCUGGCACUACGCCAAGUUGCAUGAGGAAUACGGCCCCAUCCUCCGGAUCAACCCAUGGGAGCUGCAUAUCCAAGAUUCCAGCUUCUACGACGUGCUUUACUCGUCCUCCAGGCACUCCAGCAAGCUGACCACCCUCGCCCACCGUUUCAACAGCCCAGAGUCGGCUUUCUCGACGGUAAACCACUCCAGACACCGCCAGCGGCGAGCUGCAUUGAAUCCCUUUUUCUCUCACCGUAGGAUCGCCGAGCACCAGCCCAACAUCCAGCGGAUGAUGCACCGCCUUACCGAUCGCGUCACACGAGAGUACCUGGGUAAUGACAAGGUGCUACGCAUCGAUCAGAUGUGGGGAUGCUGGACUUCGGACAUCAUCAACGACUACGCCUUUGACAAGCCGCAUAACUUUCUCGACGCUCCGGACUUCCACGCGAGUUACACGGACGCCAUGGUCGAUCUGUUGGAACCUGUUCACUACAUCACGCAAUUUCCUCUUGUGACGAAUAUGUUCAAGAUGCUCCCGCUGUCGUGGGUGAAGGCUAUGUCUCCUCAAAUGGGGACUGUGCUGGACUUUAACAACGAAAUGAUGAGCCAAAUUCGUAUCCUCUUAAAUAAGCCAGCAGAGGAAAAGGGGCAGUCCAAGACCAUUUUUGGGGUCAUCCUCGAGUCCGAUCUCCCACCCUCGGAGAAGACAGUUGGCCGCCUACAGCAAGAGGCAAUCAGCGUGACCGGCGCCGGUAUCGAGACGACGAUGCGAGCACUCAGCUUGUGCACAUUCCAUGUCCUGGCAAACCCCCCAGUUCAAGAGACGCUUCAAGCCGAGCUUAGGGAGGCCAUCUCGGAUCCCAGAAAUCCUCCCGACUGGGAUGCUCUCUCUCAGUUACCGUAUCUGACAGCUUGCAUCAACGAAGCCCUCCGCUUCGCGUACGGGACGUCCCAACGACUUCCGCGCACCCUCGAGGACGAACCUCUUCGUUAUGGCGAGUGGCUCAUCCCCGUCGGCGCCACCGUGAGCAUGGACAACUUCGCCGUAUCCCACGAUGAGGCCAUUUUUCCGGACAACAUGACCUUCCGCCCGGAGCGUUGGCUCGGCGACCCCAAAGCCCCCGACAGGAAGAAGCUCUCACGCUACAUGGUCGCCUUUGGACGCGGGACGCGCUCCUGCGUAGGCAUGCAGCUUGCGUGGGCGGAGCUGUAUACAGGCAUCGCGACACUGUUCCGCAGGUUCAAGAUGGAGCUUUACGAGACGGAGCGAGACGCGAUGGACCUGCACAUGGACCGAUUUGUGCCGCGUCCUAAGCCGCAUACGCUUGGGGUGAGAGCUCUGGUUAAGGAGGAUCUAUAUCGGUGACCGAUUACCCCGUGGGAUGGACUGAUGGUAUGAUG